CUAAGACAAUCUCGGUCAAUGCUGAUUUCGGCUUAAAUCUGAUAGUUGAAAUCGUUUAUUUGAAAAAAACUUUAGUUUAAAUUGGAAUAAACACUGUAUCAAAAUUCAUAUAUAAAAAAGUACGAUGGAAAUUGUUCAGUUUAAAAUAAGCCCCUUUGUUUCUUAAUUUUUAGUUUGCAAAUUUGUUUCAGAAGGAAAAAAUUGUAUUUAAGCUUAUUUAUGUCAUUUGUGUUUCACGGUGUUUUAGUUAUAUGAACUCAGAGCAUGUGCACAAUCAAAAUUCUACGUUGAAACUAACUUAAAUAGCGAUUAAGGAAUAAUAAAAUUUGGAGGAUAACAAAAUAGUUAAUUCGAUGAGUGGUAGAUCUGCCAUGAGAAAGUUGAAUCAGUUGGAUUUUUAUUGCCUUGUCCGUUCUUCCUGGAACGUCACUUUUACCACAAAACCAUCAAUUUAUUUGUAAGACGGAAGAGAGUGAAACAAAUCCUAAAAAUAGCCAACUCCCUAAAUUUUGAUUUACUAAUUUCUUGUAUUUGAAAUGUUUUUAAUCCUUAAAUCCAAGACAGACGUUUGUUCUUAACAAUUUUGUUACACUUCAAAACCAAAAAGAGUUUUUUUUUUGUUUUGUUUAAUGUAGCACAAAAACCUACAAUACAGUUUCUAAAAGGUUAUAUCAUCUCUUAAAUCAGCUGGAUCUUAAAGGCAAAACGGGGUUUAACUUGCGAGGCAAGAAGACAAGCGAACGUUGUCGUACCAUGGUUGCAGCGUUGGAACGAGGACUAAGCGCUUCAAAAUCAUUCAAUUUCAAAAGAAUGUAUGAUUCACCCUCCACAAAACAGCAACAAUCUCAAACACUUGUCCUGGAGAACGGAGAUUCACAUUUUGUCGAAUCCAACACGCCCGAAAGUCAAAACUCUGAUAGCUUAGCAGAAAGCCCCGUUGAGAGCAUUCCUCCAAUGAUUUCCCCUCUUACUCGGCCGGGAAAACGACCCGAUAUAGACAACAAGCAGAUACGGAUAUGAUGAAGGACAGGUUCGCAAAACUACUACUUGGAGAAGAUAUGUCUGGUGGCGGAAAAGGCGUAUCUUCUGCUCUGGCUCUUUCCAACGCUAUCACAAAUCUUGCUGCGUCUAUAUUCGGGGAACAGACAAAGCUGCAACCGAUGCCACAAGAUAGACAAGCUAGGUGGAAGAAAGAGAUUGAUUGGUUGUUGUCUGUGACCGAUCACAUUGUCGAGUUUGUUCCUUCUCAGCAAACGAGCAAAGAUGGAGUUUGCACCGAGAUUAUGGUGACAAGACAAAGAGGUGAUCUUCUCAUGAACAUCCCAGCCCUUCGAAAACUCGACACCAUGCUCAUCGAUACACUUGACAAUUUCAAAGGACACAAUGAGUUUUAUUAUGUGUCAAGAGAUUCAGAAGAAGGGAAACAAGCUAGCAAUGCUAGGUCAAACGACAAAUGGUGGUUUCCUCCGGUGAAAGUUCCUCCCGGCGGUUUAUCUGACCCGGCUCGGAGAAUGCUUUACUUCCAAAAAGAUUCAGUCACACAGGUUCAAAAAGCUGCAAUGGCCAUUAAUGCUCAAGUCCUCUCUGAAAUGGCUAUACCCGAGAGCUACAUCGACUCUCUCCCAAAGAACGGAAGAGCCAGUCUUGGAGAUUCGAUCUACAAGAGCAUAACGGAGGAGUGGUUUGAUCCAGCGCAGUUCUUGUCCAUGAUGGACUUGUCGACAGAGCACAAAGUGUUGGAUUUGAAGAAUAAGAUUGAGGCAUCUGUUGUGAUUUGGAAGAGGAAGCUUCACGUAAAGGACAGCAAAUCUUCUUGGGGAUCAGCUGUUAGCUUGGAGAAAAGAGAGUUGUUCGAAGAGAGAGCAGAAACGAUCUUGGUCUUCCUCAAACAGAAAUUUCCUGGCCUUCCUCAGUCUUCCCUUGACAUCUCCAAGAUUCAGUUUAACAAGGCGGUUAAACUUCACCUAAAAAGUAUGUCUUCUUCCUAUAAACGUUAUCCUCACCAAUCCACAAAAUUGCGACUCCGAGUCUCCGUCGUCUUCAGUUGACCAGAAGAAGCUUCAAGCUAAGCCUUUGAAAUCAGCCGUUGAUGAUUGGGUUGGGAGGUUGUUGGCUCUGGUUUCUUCAGACAUGAUUAAUGCUGGGUGGGUCUCGAUUUGAUGGGAGUAACUUGCCAAGAGUGCAGCUCAGAUCGUUUCUUUAGUUUAUACUUUGUUUGGUUCAACAGCUUACUAUCGCAUAUUAAGAAUCCAGAAAGUUCUAGAAUUGUUCGAGUGGUUUCAUGUACUUCAAUCACUGAUCUCCUUACAAGACUGUCUAGAUUCACGAAUACGAAGAAAGAUGCAGUUUCUCACGCUUCGAAAGUAAUCUUUCCAUCAUUAAACUAUUGGAGGAAGAAUCUUCAAAGGCACUAUGGGAAAGCAUUGUCCAUCUGCUGAGUACAAUCCGUCAAUUUUCCAGCUUGAGUCAUGUGAACAUGAUUUUCAAAUUUAUUUGAAUAAUAGCCAUCACAGCAGAUAUCGAGAUAGGAGGAGUUGCCGGAGACAUUUUUAGGAUCUCAAAGUAGAUACUGCCAUCAGCACUAUCAGUAAGUGCUCUGAAAAUGUAAACCAGUAAGUUCCUUUCCAAGUUGAAUUCUGUUAAGGCUUCUUAAUUAGAUGGUUUUUGUUGCAAAUAACAAAGACACAUGUGUGUUUGAUCUUGAUAUGUGAUUGCAUGCAUCUGUUUUAAAUUUCCAAUCGGUGUAUGGCAAUAGAUUUCAUGAGGUACAUCUGAAUGGUCAUUGAACUUUGUUAUUAUAUGAUGAUGAUUAAAUGUCCUUUUGUUAAUGAAAAUCAAGUUCUUAAUAUAGUAUUAGAAAUUAUAUUAUUAUUAUUAUUAUUUCUGCUUUUUGUUUCAUACAUGGAUUUUUUAGAUUCUGGUAAUAUAAUCUUUAUGAGUUCGUCUCUUUACAUGUCUUAAACUGUGGUAGAAGAAAGAAAGAACAAUUAUACUGAAACAAGACGAACUAAGUGACCUUCGUAUCAAAACCAUUUAGCAUGAAUGAAUUCCCACUAUAGUAAACAGUUAAUGUUAUAUACCUAUUUCAUGGAAAGUAGGAGGUUGGAUAACCGAGAUGUGAGUAGAGGGUUUAUGAAAAAAACAAAAGACAAAAGGUGCGACUAUAAGCUAUUAGCUAGGUAAUACUUAAUUAACAUACUUGAGCACACUUGAGUAAGCAUAAAAUCAAACGUAUGAUAAAGCUUUUCUCUUCUAGGUUGAGGACAAUACACGUAAAAUAUAAAAACAAGAAGCAUUUGUAAUCGAUGGAUGAUGUACAAUGAUCAUGCAAGCCUAUUUCGAAAAAACUUUAGUUACAUAUCAUGUAUUAGCACGUGAAAUCCAAAGAAAACUAUAAUAUAGAUUUCUAACCGCAAUACAAUAUUUGUUAUACUUUGUUAAUAAUUAUUUUGAUCACCAACCCAUUCUGAGAAAAUAACAGUAUUAUGUAAAUACGAUUAUGAACAUUAUUCAAACAAAUUGUAUAUAGAUAGCAAAUACAUCAACGGAGAUGGAUGAUGAAGAGGAAGAAAAAAACAAAAGAUAAAUGUUCUAAUAUCCUUAAACAUUAUAAAUUUAACGGUUUUAAAGCUAAAAUAAAAUUUAAAUGGAUUGUGCAUAAAAUUUAUUUUAAUUAAAAUUAAAUAAGUACGAUAAAAAUAUUCAGAUUAAACUAAGCUUAUAUCA